AUGAUCAACAUAAACGUUGGGGGGAAGCCCUACCAGAUAUCCUAUAAGAUGGCUGCCAAGUACCCCAAAACCAGAAUAGGACGACUGGCCACCUACACUGACUACAACAUGAAGUUGAAUCUGUGUGAUGACUACAUUGUGACCAACAAUGAGUACUUCUUUGACAGGGACCCAGAUGUCUUCCACAGCAUCUUCAACUUCUACAGGACUGGUGUGCUGUGGGUCAAAGACGAGCUGUGUCCUCGCAACUUCCUAGAGGAGAUCAACUACUGGGGCGUGAGGAUCAAGAACACCCACCGCUGCUGCCGCAUCUCAUUUGAGGAAAGGCAGGACGAGCUGAAUGAGCAGCUGAAGAUCCAGAGGGAGCUGGAAGCAGAAGUAGAGAUCGAGGAUAAUGAGGAGCUCUUUCAUGACAUGUUUAUGGGCCAGAGGCGCAGAGUUAUCUGGAACCUGAUGGAGAAGCCGUUUUCAUCUAUCCAAGCCAAGCUGAUGGCUGUGGCUUCUAGCCUAUUUGUCCUGAUCUCCUUGGUGGCCAUGACUCUUAAUACAGUGGAGGAGAUGCAAUACAGAACUCCCACAGGUCAGCUCAGUGGUAAGACAUACUGGGAAUAUGUGGAGUCCAUAUGCAUCGCUUUCUUCCGCUUCAGUCUGGCAUCCACCCCUGGCCGCAGUGCCUUCAGCAGCAGUGUGCUCACCACCGUGGACCUGAUUGCCAUCUUGCCUCAGUAUCUGCAGGCCAUCCUUGAGCUCUUUGACACUGAGGAGAACUACAUAAAGCAUGAGGUCGACAUACAGGCAGUGAGGCAGGUGGGAAAGCUGGGGCAAGUGUUGAGGAUCAUGAGACUGAUGCGAAUCUUUCGUAUCUUGAAGUUGGCGCGACACUCCACAGGUCUGCGGGCUUUCGGCUUCACUCUGCGUCAGUGCUACCAACAAGUGGGCUGCCUCUUCCUCUUCAUCACCAUGGGCAUCUUCAGCUUCUCCGCCAUGGUUUACACUGUGGAGCAUGAUAUGCCGCACACAAACUUCACCAGCAUUCCUCAUGCCUGGUGGUGGGCAGCUGUCAGCAUAUCCACGGUGGGCUAUGGAGACGUCUACCCAGAGACUGUACUGGGACGUGUCUUCGCUUUCAUCUGCAUCGCUUUUGGGAUCAUCCUCAAUGGCUUGCCCAUAUCCAUCCUCUUCAACAAGUUCUCAGAUUAUUACUCUAAGCUCAAGUCCAAUCAGUACACAGCCUCAUCGAAGAAACAAGGGAAGGUGAGAUUUGCCAAGAGGACAGUGAAAAAGUUCAAACACUGCUUUGGAAACCACCAUUGUCACACAGACUGAUUUCAUUUGUGCUUUUAUAUAAAGAAAUAAUUAGUUUGACUGUAAAAUUGUGCAAAAAUCUUUGUGAUGGGAAUAAAUACAUGCAACGGGGACAAAUAUUGAGGGUUAACGCAACAGCAGGCUGUGCUUUAUUUGGCAGUGUUUGCAGUUGGGAAGCCAACGAGGGAUCCCACAGGUACAUGGCUAUCUCUAAGUCAGUUGGUGGUGAAAAGGACCACAGUUCAGAGGAGCAGGCUGAAAUGCCAUAUUAAAGAGCAAUACUAAAAACAAUACUACUGUAUGAUCUCUUAAAUAUUUACUUUUGUUUAUAGAAAAUGUUAUUUUUGUUACAAAAUAUUCAGAAUCAUAAAGAAUCACCCCAAAUAUACAGUAUGUGUCAUCUUCACUGAAAUAUAAAACAUUAAAGAAAUAUCCACAAGAAUUAUUGCCUCUGGCUGGCUGAGGCACAGCACAUGAAUGAAAAGCGUUUUAUUAUCACCAUCGUAGCUCUCACUGCAAGCACCUUUUUGUUACU